AUGCCUUUGAUCAUGGAGGAGGGACUAGACGUGGACGAUCUCUUCGGAGAUCCCAACUCUCUGGACCUGGGCUUGGCCACCGCCCAGCCAACCAAGGGCCUGGCUCAACAUCUCGAUGAAAUGCGUCUACUGGGAUGCUGCCGGAAAAUUGCUUGGUCGAGACUAGGAUGUAUUGCAUACAUCUCGCAGGAUGGUCUGCAAGUCAUAGUCCGCCAUCUGGCAUGCAAUCCCACGGAUGGCAAAUGGGGGUUGAGUGAUGAGUACCCCCAAAAUCAGAUUGCCCAACUCCACCUGGGUCAGCAACUGCUUCACCUUUGCUGGAACGAAACUGGCUCCGACCUGGCUGUGCUUGAUGCCUCGGGACGUAUUUCCAUACUGUCAAUCCCAACAGCCCUGAACAACCUUGCCAUUAGCCGUCAAACUGUGGUCGAUCCUCCCGACGACGGCGCCCAGGUCGUUGGCAUGAUGUGGAUGAACUCAAACCGGGCUGUGCAUGCAUUCCAUCAAGCAGCAAAGGUGGAUGUGCGAUGGGGCUAUUCAGCCUUCCGGCGUAAGCCCAUUGGGCCUUUCCAUCCGGCGGGCAAGCCGGCGCUUAUUUGUUUUACUCGAAACGGAAUUAUGAGGUUACUUUAUCAGAACCCUGACCAGAGAUGGGCAGAGGUUUCUGCUGAAUUAAAGACGACUAACCAAUCUGACAGCAUCCUUACCCAUGCUGCCUGUUUACCUUCUCCAAAUGGUAUUCUCGUUGCUACUCACUCGUUUUCGGGGAAACUCAGUCUUUUCAGAGUACAGAUUAUGUGGAACCCACCCCAAUGGGAUCCAGCACAGCAGAGGCAGGCCGGAGUCGUGCACUUCCCGGUUCCUUCCAUCCGCAUCAGCCACUGCAAGACUGAAGUUCCUGGAAGAGUUUUCAGCUUCAGUAAAGAUCAAGCUGAUGAUCUCCCGAAUAUAGUCCCCGGGCAGAGCUUCUCAUACCAAUUAACUAAUCUAGAGCUUGUUUCAGGACAAUCUGACAAUACAGGGGCUACCACAUCAGCCCCAUGGAUAUUGGCAGUGUACUCAAGCCCAAUUAACAGUGCAGGUCAUGAUACCCAACAACCUGCAUCAGUAAUGGUAAGGUGGCAGCUGGAAACUUCUACCUUAAAUCUGCACCCCGUUUUUGAAGAAUUAGUAUCAAAAAGGGCCAAUGGGCAGCAAAGGACGAAACUAGAGAUUCGACGGCUAGAAGACAUUCAUUUCGAUAAGCAUGUAGUCUCCAUCGACCACGUCGAGUUUGGAAACGUCCUGGCGAUAACACACGAUGACAGCUCGAUCUCAAUCUUUGAUCCCAGAAGCAUGUCUCAAUUUACUGAAGGCGGUGAUCUCAAUGCAGUGACUAGUAUGGCUCAAGCUGGAUUCCGCUUCCCUGUUGAAGCGCCAGGGCUGAAUAUCUGUUUCUCGCCAAAUGGUUGUCUUGCCGUGGUUCUUGAUACGGACUGGCAGGCUCAGCUUAGGAUAGCCAACUAUAACUUUGAGCCCGAAGGUGAUUUACAUGAUGGUAAGAACUCAAUAGGAAUUAUAGCGUUAUCACUGGCUUUCUGUCGAGGGUGCGCUAUCGAAUAUAAUACGGAUGAUUUGCUGGUAACAAUAUCUAGUCAGCUAUCUAGCGAGGCACAAAAUGUUUUCGUCAAUGAAGUGUACCGAGCUCUACCCAUCAACUGCAACUUUUCAGUGGAACAGGAAAAACCUAUGCAGAAUCCAUAUGUCCCUCGCUGUUUGAGCCUUCAAGCCGCUCUCGGCUUUCAAAGUUCCUACACUCCUCGUGGGCUGCCGUCGUCCGUGCCUUGGGCCAUUCUUCAUUUGCGCCAUGCAUCACUUCUCUUUGCCUUUUUCUUUUCAUAUAGUAAGGCACCAAAAGAGAAUGAGACACUAGACCAUGAUGUCCUACAGAUGGUAUACGGUAAUACGAAGUGGGCACUGGAUUUCACCCAAUAUCUAUUGGACGACUUAUUUGCCCUUGCUAAAGAGUUCGAACCUGUUCUUGAUGACAAGGAAGCACUUGCACAGAAGGUAAAAACGACCUCGUCUUUGUCGUUGAAUCUUGUCUUGGCUAGCAUGUCCCGAGCUUUUCUGCAUCUGGUUUGUAGGGGUCUACGGGGUGUACAUACCAGUAGUAUAGCGUCUCCCUUUGCGGGGGAUGGUCGUGCAUAUAGUAAAGAGCUAUAUACACUCAUUGACAAGGCUCCUGUUCGAUUCAAUGUGUACGAGAAAUUUCUCAAUGGAGUCGAAUCCGCUAUUAAGAAUGCCUACCAGGCGCAAGGAUUAGGAGAUAACGAUCGCCGGACACCAGAGAAGGACCUUUUGCUCAACUCACGCAUCCCUGCAAUCAUGAUACCUGUUAUCGUCAGCCUGUUCAGACAGACAAUUCCCGCAGUUCAGGCAGAGAUUGAUCAGAUGUCCAUUUACCUCACCGACUAUAGUUGGUUGGGAGUCUGCGACGAUCGUCGAACAGAGCAUUAUCGACGGACGCGACACGUUGAUAUCGUGAAGAAGGUUCCAUUGCGUGGGUUCAACUCAAACAACAACACCAUCGAGCCGGAUAUAACCUCCCCGUCGAGAAGACGCUGUGUGCGUUGUUGCGAGGUCACAGGUGAUCCUUCGUCACCGCGUUCCUUGCUAUAUUUUAACCUCACUUUACGUUUGCAACUUAUCCGGAAUUGUCUUUGUGGUGGAAUGUGGACAUUUGAAGCUGGACCCCCUACAACAACAACAGCCAGCACUGCGUUGCCAACACAUGGACCUCGAGUUGGUUGAUGAAUGACUACAUGAGUGGUUGAGCCUGUAAAUAUGUACCAUGAAAUGACUCGAAGCUCACUCAUCGGAUUUUUGGCAAUAUUGUGGGGCUACUACUCCAGGAAUAAUUCGAGAUUUAUAAGAAUGGCAAA